AUGGCUCCCCCGGUGUUGUGCUGUCUCAGCGAGGAGGCCAAGCUUCAGCGCCGGGUCAACGAGCAGAUCGAGCGACAACUGAGUCGCGAGCGUUUCGAGGCCGGCCGUGAGUCCAAGUUCCUGCUGCUGGGUCCCGAGGAGGCGGGAAAGACCACCUUCCUCAAGCAGAUCCGCCUCAUCCAGGAGGGCGACGCGCGGGAGGACCGCGCCGAGCACGUGCGUAGCGUUUACCAGGCCCUGCUGGGAGCCAUGCAGCGUAUCGUGCGCGCCAUGGACGCGCUGGGCAUUGCGUACAGCAACCCGUCGAACGCUGAGAGCGCCAUGAUGCUGGCCAGCGUGCGCUGCGAGACGCUCGAGCCUCCGCUCACGGAGCCCGUGUCGGAGGCGCUGCGGCGCCUCUGGGAGGACGCCGGCGUGCGCGAGUGCUACGCUCGGCGCGCCGAGUACGGUGGCCUGCCUCCUUUUCUGCCGGACGUGCAGCGCGUCACGCGGCCCGGUUACGUGCCGUCCCGCGAGGACUACUUGCGCGUGCGCACACCGUCGCGCGGCGUGCUCGAGUACGCGUUCGAGCUGGACGACCACCCCGUUCGGCUGGUGGACGUCGGGGAGCAGCGCUCGGAGCCCAAGAAGUGGAUCCACUGCUUCGAGGACGUGAGCGCGGUGAUAUUCGUGGCCCCGUUGUCCGACUAUGACGACCCGGACAAGAUGAACCGUGCGCGCGCUCUCUUCAGCACGAUCGCCUCGAGCCCGUGGUUCGCCGAGUCGCACCUGCUGCUGCUGCUCAACAAGAAAGACCUGCUCGAGCAGAAGAUCAGGCGCUCGCCUCUGGGCGCCUACUUCUCGGCGUACCGGGGACCACCCGGCGACGCCAAGGCGGCGCGUGACUUUCUGCGUCGCUCGUUCGCCGAGCUCAAGCCCGAGCGACCCGUGUACUACUUCUUCACCUGCGCCAUCGACACGGACGACGUCAAGUACGUGUUGCCGACGCUGCGAGAGAUCGCCUGCCUGCGCUCCUGUCCCACCCGGGGACGACAGCCGUCGGACGCAUCCACGGCCAGCAACGCGGCGGCCGCGUUCCAGCUGCCCGCCUGACAAGAGCCCUUCGGUUUGAUACUGCCCGCCAAUGGGCCGUGAUUGUGCGCUUCAACACGCUCACAUUUCGUGGCGUUUUUUUUUUUUUUUUUUUUUGAGGAAGGCAGCGGACAUUGGUAUCAUCUCUUUGUCAUGAUCGUGCCAAUUUUAUGUACCUGGGCAGAAUUAGGAUUUUUCGGGAAGUGUUGCCAGAACGCAGGUGCGUAUGUCGCAUGUCUGUAAGGUGAGAGGGCAGGCAGGUUAGUCAGUUUUUGGGGCGGGUUUCGGGAUCCUGGUGACUCCUGUGACACAGCUGAUGGUAGAACUAAAGCGAAACAAUAGGCUGAAUCAUACGCGGCUUUGUGUGACGUCGUGACGCAAGACAUGCCAUUAUCGCCAGCGCGAAGAGCCAGCAGACUGCUGGGUCAUGGAACCACGUCUUCGGAUCUUUCAUAGACGCGAUUUCGAUUAAUUCAACGGCACUUAAUCGGCAUUGGACACGAGUAAAGAAAGAGUAGGGAGAGAGCACUUUGCUCUUCUGCACAAUCACAGCGCCCCUUUUCUGCUCUUUCAUUCCUGUGUGUUAUACGCCUUCGUGAAUCAACUCGCCCCUACUCUCGUGCCAAAAACGAUAGCCCUGACCAGGUACUUUAGUCGUCUUAUCCCUUUUCAAGGAAAUACUUCUUGAAGCGAUGCUGCACUAUUUCCUUUAAGAGCGCCUGUGACACUCCAAAGCACCUACCAACUGGCGCAAUUGUUGACAUUGGCAGGUACAGCGACCGCUCGUAGCUGUAAUAUAUGUAUCAAGCACAUGUUUCUUACGUAAGCACCAUCACAUCCAUCCGAGUCGCACUAGUGUGAUCUCUUUAUAUACUGUCCAGCACUGGCGCGCGCAUGGUUCUGCAAAAGCCAACCUACCCUAUUCCCCACCCACACGUUAGACGAAUCCGAAAGAAAGCAUGCCCGAUUCACAAUGAAAUGAAACCGUGCGUUUCACAUCUGUUCUAUGUCCUCCUGUUUUUUACGGCACCCACGAAAAUCUCCCACGUGGUUAAAGGCCACCAAAUUUGUGGCUUGCGUUCUUUGCUGUAAGCGUUUCCUAUAGCUCCAGGAAGCAUGAUACACGCACCAUGACUUAUGUAUUCUUGCUAAAUAAUUUAAUAUCGCCUUUUUAUGCGGCCAACUUUCGGUUUCCAGAACUCGGCGUGUGAUGCAGCAACCGAUGCUUUGCCGGCACGUACGUUGCAGAGGUGGCGGAGGUCCGGAGGCCAUUCACGUGACUAGAGCAGAUCUGGCGUGACGUCACUACAACGAAAGUU